CCUGGCGACCGGCGUGAGCUCCGCGCCGAGGCGAAGGAGAUGCUGGCGAGGCGACAGCGCGAUCCCCUCCAGUCCCUGCAGCGUCGCAAUCAGGAGCUGAAGCAGCAGGUUGAUGAUUUGCUUUCUGAGAGUCGAUUGAAAGGCGCUCUAGAAACCAGUAAAAGGCGAGAUAUUUACCAAAGAUGUAUCCAAUUAAAACAGGCAAUAGAUGAAAAUAAAAAUGCUCUUCAAAAAUUAAGCAAAGCUGAUGAACCUGCCCCUGUUGGGAGUUACGAUCAGAAGAAAGAGGAGGAACACAAUCUUUUGGAUAAGCUCACCCACCAACUGCAGGAACUUGCUGUGUCCAUAAGUAGAGAAAAUGUCGCUGAAACUGGGGCGCUUACUGAAGGAGAGGACGAUGACAAUUCUGCUGAAGAAGAUGAUGAUGAAGAAGAAGAAGAAGAAGAAGAAGAUGAAGAGGCCACAAGUGGAGGAUACAUUGCUGUUGGAGAUUUUACGGCUCAGCAAGUCGGAGACCUUACAUUUAAGAAAGGGGAAAUUCUCCUUAUCAUUGAAAAAAACCCUGAUGGUUGGUGGAUGGCUAAGAACGCCAAAGGAAACAAAGGUCUUAUUCCCAGAACCUACUUGGAGCCCUAUAAUAAAGAAGAAGGCGAGGAGUCUAGUGAAGAAGGCAGUGAAGAAGAUGUAGAGGUAGGGGAUGAAACGGCAGAAGGAGCAGAAGUUAAACAAAGAACCGAUUCUCAUUGGAGUGCUGUCCGAAAAGCCAUCUCAGAGCAGAUAAACACCGUCGACGUAUUGACCACAAUGGGAGCUAUUCCUGCCGGGUUCAGGCCUUCCACCCUCUUCCAGCUUCUGGAGGAAGGGAAUCAAUUUCGAGCAAGUUACUUCUUACAACCAGCGCUCACUACUUCACAACUGGCCUUCAGAGAUCUAAUGUGGGAUGCUAAAACGGGCUCUAUUAGGUCAAGACCAAGUCGUGUUUCCUUGAUUCUGACCCUCUGGAGCUGUAAGAUGAUUCCUCUUCCAGGAGCGAGCAUCCAGGUUCUGAGCAGACACGUGCGCUUCUGUCUGUUUGACGGCAAUAAGGUUCUGAGCAACAUUCAUACAGUCAGGGCCACAUGGCAACCUAAGAAACCCAAAACAUGGACCUUUUCUCCCCAGGUUACUGGCAUCUUGCCCUGCUUGCUUGAUGGUGACUGUUUCAUCAGGUCCAAUUCUUCUUCUCCAGAUCUUGGAAUAUUAUUUGAACUUGGAAUUUCUUAUAUUCGCAAUUCAACUGGUGAGAGAGGAGAAUUAAGUUGUGGCUGGGUGUUUCUUAAACUUUUUGAUGCCAGUGGAAUUCCUAUUCCAGCAAAAACUUAUGAACUCUUCUUGAAUGGAGGCACCCCUUAUGAAAAAGGUGUUGAAGUGGACCCUUCGGUAUCCAGAAGAGCACAUGGUAGUGUUUUCCAUCAGAUGAUGACAGUGAGAAGGCAGCCUCAACUUCUAGUAAAACUGAGAUCUUUGAACAGAAGAUCAAGGAACAUGCUAAGUCUACUGCCGGAAACAUUAAUUGGAAGUAUGUGCUCCGUUCAUCUGUUGAUAUUUUAUCGCCAGAUUCUUGGAGACGUGCUGCUGAAAGACAGGAUGAGCAUGCACAGUGCUGAUUUAAUUAGUAAUCCAGUGCUGGCCACCUUCCCCAAGCUCUUGGAGCAGCCUGACAUAAUGGAUGCACUCAGGAGUUCCUGGGCUGAGAAAGAGAGUGCAUUAAAAAGGUCAGACAAGGCAACGUCCUCUGAUGGGUGUGUCGAGCAGGAGGUGAUAUUUGAAGGGCUGCGGGCACGGGCUGUGGAGCCAGGGCGCCAGGCAGUGGGUGAGAGCAUGGCCUCCCGCGACCCACCUCCCACCAUCUACGCCCAGCCCGAAGUGCCCUCGGUGGUCGCGCUGUUCCUCACCAUCCCCUACGCCUUCUUCUUGCCUGAGCUGAUAUUUGGGUGCUGGGUCUGGAUCCUGGUGGCUGCCACCCAGGUAGCAGACCCACUGCUACAAGGAUGGGUGAUGUACGUCUCGCUCACCUCGUUCCUCAUCUCCCUGAUGCUCCUCUUGUCUUAUGGGUUCGGAUUUUACAAAAGAUUCGAGUCCUGGAAAAUCCUGGACAGCCUGUACCACGGGACCACUGGCAUCCUGUACAUGAGUGCCGCCGUCUUACAAGUACAUGCCACGAUCAUAUCUGAGAAGACGGACCUGAAAAACUACUACAUAAACACUGCAGCCUCGUUCUUUGCCUUCAUCACCUCCCUGCUCUACAUCCUCCACGCCUUCAGCAUCUAUUACCACUGAAGAAGCAGGGAGCUGGGCCGACGUGGGAAACGCUCUUUUAAAGCCUGGAGUAUCAGCUCCCAAAAGUGGGUUUCAACAUUUGCCAUCUGGCUGAUAAACAGAAGCUCAGCGAUGACAUCACCGGAUCAACAGACCAUCUUUUCAGAACGAGUGAUGAAAUCACAUGCUGGCAAGAUCUGUUUGGACAUUUUUAAUUCAUUGUGAUGAAUAUGAAAAAGCUGGGAGGAGGGCUUUGUUGUUUUUUGUUUUGUUUUGUUUUGUUUUGCCUGGGAAAGUAACUGUCUCUUGGAAUUAUCUGACAAUGAACCUCGCUCUUCUAGAAAACUAACAUCUGUAAGCCCUCACUCCUGAAUAUUCCAGGUCUACCAUCAUCAGGCCUGUUUGGGGAUUCUGCCUCAGCAACGAGAUUCCCCACAGCAGGUCUAUGGGAACCUUCAUAAUUUUCUUAAAAUCGAAAUGGUGCUGUCAACACCUUCAGAUCUGAAGACCCACAGACCUUGUUCCUGUCCCGUGGUCCUGUCUCUGCUUCUCAGCGGUGGUCCAAACCCGCUGCCCCCUCCCACGCUGCCCGACCCCCAUUCACAUCCCCUCCCCUUUCCUCCCCAGCUUUGGGAGCCAAGGGAAAUCUGUGUAAAAUCAGCUUUGAGGGUAGAUAAUAAGAGAUUGGCUCUACAAAAUUUUUACACAGCAAGACCUGGGGGAGGGGAGGAGGGGGUCAGGGAGGGAAGGGUGUAAUCCGCUUCUCUAUAACUGUAAGUCAGGCCGCUCUGCUCAGAGAACUGCAGGGCUGCAGGACGCCUGGGUCAGGCCUCCGGACCCCACCCCCUAAGGACUGGGAGUCACCCUAUCCCUCAGAAAAGACCAUCAAGGAAGCCGGCAGGACGUUACAUGCCACGUUUCUCCUCUGGGCUCCUGUCACACGUGGGACAUCGAUGAGGCCGGAAAGGACCCAUCCCAGGGUUCCUCCUGUUUCCCAUGCAUCCCCGAGUGGUCCAGCUGGGAGGGGCCUGGAACCACCCAGCCAGCCUCCUGCAGUGAAGGGCUCCCAGGGGCCAGGACAUGCAAAUGUAUUUGCACUUCGGGGCCAUUCUCAAAGAAAAGGCACAGAGAAAUGUAAAAUCGAGGUGCUGGAUUCCCAGGUAAAUGUUUUUCAAAAGUAGGCUGUGCCGUCUGGCGUUUCUGUCCCUGUGCUGGGGUUCCAGCUGCUUGGCCUCAAUCUCUAACGUUGAGUCAGGGCUCAGCCCCUUAACUGCAUGCGCCCGAUGCCGUUUUGAAAUGAAAUAAAUUAUUAUGUGGAAGGGACUUGUCUUAGCCUAUUCUAGGGCUUACAGUUUUGUAUUGACUCUUUUCUGCUCCUGAAGGGGAGGGGGAGGCAGGAGGGGAAGUCACCGGAGAGAAAACUCUGGCUUCAUUCCCUGACAACUCACUUUCUAUUGGCUCCCAUAGCUUGAAAAGCCACCGUUCAUCUCUCACGUUCUUGUCUGGUGGCUAUCUGAGAUGGUCAUUGUUAAAUAUUUACUGAGUAGCCACAUCCAAAUAAAAGUCAUUUGUACAGUCAAAAA